UUUUUUUGAAAAAUGGACAUAGCUACGCCAGAGAUGAAGACAGCCAUGAUGAUGAUGAAGGAGUCUCUGAAGGAAGAGCAGAAGGAUAAUCUGGGCACUGCAGCUAACAUGCUGCAGGAAGUCAUCAAUAUCUUUGAAGAUAACAUGCAUCUCUAUAAGGGUUCUGAAAAAUACGAGGUCUUCCAGAUCUCCUACAGCUUCAACCAGAAGAGACUUACAUCUCUUAAGAACAAGAUUCAGGAGAAAUAAAAAGGAAGAGUCUAAGAAAGGAGAAGAAAGUCUUAUUUCAAAAGAACAAAUUUUACUUUACACCGGCGAAGGUCUCUAUGAGAAGGACUUCCAAGAUUCUGGUCUGGAGGAGAACAGUCCUAAACUAGAGCCUAAGCCUUUUGAUUCCAUGCUAAGACCCUUUUGGAUGAUGAGACGGAUCUGUGAGACUAUGGAUAAGGAAGGUGGCUACAUUACUGAAAAUCUCUUCAUUCCAAAGUAUAUCUGGUUUCAGAAGAAAACUCUUAUCCCAGAAAUUGAAAAGAAAGUUGAAUAUUGUGAGUCCAUCCAGAAGGAAUUUAAGAAAGUAGGAAUCAUAUAUCGUAAAAAUUGCUUAUCAAAGGAGAGAACUGAGAUCCAGAACUUAGUAGAAAUACUACAUGGCUACAGGCAGUCAAUUUACAAUGAUUUUCCUUCGAUAAACGAUGACACUAAGAAGCCUGAGUCUACAUGGAACAAGAUUAGUAAAGGUAUCGAGCUAAUCGCUCAUAAGAUUACAAAGGGAGCCUUUGUAACCUCCACGAGGGAAUAUGCCAAAUGCUUGAAAGACUUGUUCGUGGAGACCUAUUUCAUCGAAGAGCUCUGUAAGGAAGAGACUGACCAAGACCUUGCCUGCAUCUGUCACUUCUUAAACAAUGUUGUUGUAGCCCUUGCUCUUAGUGACAUCAAGUUCCUCACGAAGGAAUACCUCAAGGUAAUGAAGAAAGAGUCUUUACUCAAGAGCAUGAUGAAGGUCAAAGGUGCAAUGUAGGCUAUUUCUGGUGCUUCAAUUUUAGA